CAAAAAAGAAAGGAAUAUACGUGGGCAACAACUGCAAGGAACCAUUUCCAUAUCAGAUACAGUAUGAAGACACAGUUUCACAUGCAUGCCUGAUGCCUUCCCAAGCUGAAGUUUCUUCCAAGCGAAUAACCAGAUUUCAAGGUCCGCAAAGAUGAUCAAUUAUGCAAUGGAACCGGUGUACGACAAGUUUAUACAGAAGUCAGUUACAGAUUUAGACGAGUUUCACGCUGCCAUGCUUGGUGUUUGCAGCGCUUUAAAUGCUGCUAUGCCCGGUAAACACUACAAUGCACCCGGACUGGAGGAAGUAAAGGUUUUUUACGAAGAAUGGAAAAACGCUGACCUGACUGAAAAAAAGGAGAAAUUCGUCAAAUUUGUGAACGACAAUGUGAAAGUUAACCAGGCUGAUACUGCUACCUUGUUGACAGGAGUACUAGCGCCUCCAGCGGCCAUGGCUGCUAAAAAAGCUGGGGAGAGUCUUCCCCAGCUGAAAAUGAUCAAGAACGUCCCAGACGUCCUUUUCGUGCCGUCGGCAACAGUAGUAGCACUCAUUACCGUAAGGUUCUCCAAAAGACUUUUCAUGCGAAACUAGCAACAGAAAAACAACCUACAUAGAUUAGAAACAUGAUGCCCCCUUCUCCUUUGAGUAAGACCUGAGGUUGCUCUCCCCAAAUCCUUUAUUUACCCCAAAACAGACGUCCAAUGAACUAUGUAUAAGAUUAUGGCAAUUGUGCAAAUUCUUUAUAAAUUCUUUAUCAAUGUAAAUUAUUUGUUGGAAAUGUAUCCGAAAAAAAAAAUUGUUAUAAA